AUGGAUUCUUCUGCUUCGAAAAUACUGACACGAGAGGAGGGAUUUUCCUCCUCGUCCGCUGCCUCCUCCUCCACGGCGGGAACCCAACGCCCAGACGAACAGGUGCCCACACAGCAACGAAUUGUGGCUUUUGCUCCCGACGACCCUGGCAACCCCAAGAACUGGUCCAAGGCGUUCAAAUGGUACAUCACGCUCGUGGUGGCCAUGACGUGCUUCGUCGUGGCGUUUGCGUCGUCCGUCAUCACGGCGGAUAUUGCCGGCGUUGUAGAGGAGUUUGACGUCUCGGAGGAAGUCGCCCUGGUUUCCAUCUCCAUCUUUGUUGUGGGAUUUGGCGUGGGACCCAUGGUGUUUGCACCGUUGAGUGAAGUCUAUGGACGGCGAAUCAUCUAUGGCACGACUUUGUUCGUUGCCGUCAUCUUCAUCAUCCCAAGCGCUGUUGCUGAUAACAUCACAACACUACUCGUAUGCCGUGCCAUUGAUGGGAUUGCCUUUUCGGCGCCCAUGACGCUCGUGGGCGGUACGUUGGCAGACCUCUGGAGGAACGAGGAGCGCGGUGUGCCCAUGGCUGCCUUUUCCGCUGCCCCAUUCAUUGGGCCAGCGAUCGGUCCUCUUGUUGGUGGCUUCCUCUCUGAUUCUUCCGGCUGGCGAUGGCUUUACUGGAUCCAGCUGAUCCUCGCCUUUGUCGUCUGGGUCCUCAUCACAUUCACGGUCCCCGAGACCUACGCGCCCACGAUUCUCUCGCGCCGCGCCAGGAAGCUGCGCAAGUCGACAGACGACCCCUCGCACGUCACCGAGCAGGACAUUGACCCGCGCCCCAUUUCGGCUCGGCUGCGCGUCUUCCUCAUCCGGCCAUUCCAACUCCUGUUUGGCGAACUCAUCGUGUUCCUCAUCUCGCUAUACAUGUCCGUUCUCUACGGUCUACUGUACAUGUUCUUCGUGGCCUACCCGAUUGUGUACCAGAAGGGCAAGGGAUACUCCGCCAGCACGACGGGUCUCAUGUUCAUCCCCGUCGCCGUGGGCGUCUUGCUCUCUGCGGCGUGCGCCCCCUUUGUCAACAAGCACUACCUCACGCUCGUUGCAAAGCACGGAGGCAAGCCGCCUGCCGAGACGAGACUGAUCCCCAUGAUGCUGUCCUGCUGGUGCAUCCCCAUCGGUCUAUUCAUCUUCGCCUGGACGAGCUACCCCGAGCUCUCGUGGGCCGGACCCGCCAUGGGUGGUUUCCCCGUCGGCUUUGGCUUCAUCUUCCUGUACAACUCGGCCAACAAUUACCUUGUCGACUCGUACCAGCACCAGGCCGCCUCCGCGCUCGCGGCCAAGACCUUUAUCCGCAGCUUCUGGGGUGCCGCCGUUGUCCUCUUUACCGAGCAGAUGUACGACCGCCUGGGCGACCAGUGGGCCAGCUCUCUUAUUGGAUUCAUCAGCUUGGCCUGCUGCGCGAUCCCCUUCCUGUUCUGGAAGUUUGGCGCGCGCAUCCGGGCGAAGAGCAAGUACGCGUAUGUCGACGAGGAGGAGAAGACGGACGCGGAUGACGUGGAGAAGGCAAAGGUGGCGCAGAAUCCCGUCGGUGGUAUCACCAGGGAUGACGAGUCCGAGGAUGAGGACCUCAGGAGGGCGAGGAGCUACGUGAGCAACCCUUAA